UGAAAUGUCUCUCUCUUUCUGUAAUGCUACGCGUUUUUGUAUUGUAUUGAUGGUUUCUAUAAUUGCGACAUCAUAGUGGUGGUAUUAAGAGGUGGAUUAAGUUGGGUGACUGAAGGCCCAGGUACCGAAUGCACGGGCCGCCACUGGGUUUUAUUUGAUCUUUUUUUGUUUUUGUUUUUUUACACAACAUAGGCCUGUUUGUGAAAGGGCCAUGCAUUAGAAUUCAGAAGGCACUUAGGAACAUUUAUGAUUUGCUGUCUGUCUGAACCAAGUAAUAAAAGUGAACUAUCUGUACUAUAUUGUAUUGUAUAGUUUUUCUUUAUUGCAUCGUAUUGCAUUGAAUCAAAUCAAAAUCGGACCAUUGCAACAUAAUGGGGUGAAUCGUAUUGUAUCGCAUAGGUUGCUGCUGCAAUUAUUAAAUGUACAUUUAAUGUAUCAUAAUCGUUGGCUAUGCAACGAGAUGUAUAAAUCCCUAACCUGUACCAUGCAAUUACAAUGAAUUUCUAUCUAUCUAUAAAAAAGAAAACUGAAUUGAAUAUUUUGCCAGGAUGUUUAUGCAAAAAAAAAAAAAAGCAACAAAGUUGCAGUUGCAGUAGCAAUGCGCCACAGACAGGGGGCGCGUGGAGCCAAACACCUGGCACAGCGCACGCGCCUAGGUGAUAAAGUGACUCACCGGGAGGGAGGCGAAGGCACGCGCCGGCGCGAGCGCUCCCGUUUCGUCGGAAUAACAGCUAUUUAUAGACAUAUAUAUUAAAGAAUUCUCUGGAUUUCGGUUUUCCGUCAUUCUCUUGCAUUUUGGCGUUUGGAGGUAGCUCUCCGGCCUGGCGGUCGUGCGGCCCGUCCUUCACGGUGAUUCAUGUUGAUAUGCUUGACGGUGUCCGUGCCGAUGAUGCUGCUGAAGGUGAGAAGGCGGAUGAGAUCAAGCGCCAUCGACGGAGAGCCGUAGUAACGCUGUCCGCAUUAACGACGCCUUGUCCCGCGCGCUUGUUAUUUGUGCUUUUUCCCCCCGUGCAACGCGCUGAAAUAAACGCAUCCGCCAAAAGGAAACAUGUCCCAGCGCCUGCACACCGAAUAUGAUGAACUCAGCGCUAUUUCUCUCGCUCUUUGUUCGGUAACGGCGUAAAAAAAAAAUUAUCCUCCUCAUAAUUAUUUAUUUAUUUAUUGAAAGAUUAAUUAAUUAAAAAAUAAACAACCCGAGACAUGCGCGCGUGGUGAUCCCGGUCGGCGCGCGCGCGCAGCCCCGGAGGAGAAUGGAGCCGUUCCUGCAGCUCGCGCCGCACUCGCUGGCCAUCGUGCUGUCGCGGCGCGCGCCCGCGGAGUCGCGCGGUGUGACCGAGAGCGCCGAGCCGCCGCGCCACCACACCGGCUACGAGGUGUUUGCCGAGUUCAAGGCGCUCAACACUGAGCACUUCUGGAACAAGAUGGUAGCAGACGCCAUCGCCGAGACGUUCUUUCUCGGCUGGCUGGACGAGCACGUGCUGCUCAUCCAGGGCAAAGAAGAGCACCUGGAGGCGCUGCGCGAGGCCUGGACCCGGAGGUCCCUCAAAGCGCCGCGCGGCUUUGACAUCAAGUACCUCGAUCAGCAGUCGAGUGCUAAGGCCCAGAAGUGGCCGCUUGGUGGUGCAGGGAUUUAAACUAAUGGCUGAAGAAGUCCAACACCUUAACCACUGAGCUACCACCUCCCACGUGUCAGGUGACAGCAGUGUUUUAAUUAAGCCCCAAUUAAGUCUCUUGGUUUAUUGACUGUCAAGCUUCUGAUUUAAGUCAUAAAAACAACUUGAGCUAAACGUA